AUGGAACCAUCUGGAGUCAGUGAUGAGAAGAGACCCACCGUUGACUUGGUCAAGGAUAAAAAUGGAACCGCUCAGAUUCUUCUCCAGAAUCCUAAAGGCGCUUCUGUAAAGAUCAGUUUACAUGGAGGACAAGUUCUUUCUUGGAAGACUGACAAGGGUGUUGAAUUGUUAUUCACCAGUGCCAAGGCUAACUCGAAGCCUCCCCAUCCGGUAAGAGGAGGAAUCCCUAUAUGCUUUCCUCAGUUUGGCACUCGAGGAUCGCUUGAGCAACACGGUUUUGCAAGAAACAAGCUGUGGCUUGUGGAAGAGAACCCACCUGCUUUACCUUCAUUCGACUCAACUGAUAAUGCCUAUGUCGAUUUGGUACUUAAACCCUCUGAUGAAGACACAACAAGGAUAUGGCCUCACAGCUUUGAGUUUCACCUUAGAGUUUCACUCGCACUAGAUGGGAACCUAACACUGAUAUCACGAGUCAGAAACAUCAAUUCAAAGCCUUUUAACUUUUCCAUUGCUUACCACACUUACUUCUCCAUUUCCGAUAUCAGUGAAGUUAGAGUUGAAGGGCUGGAAACUCUCGACUAUCUUGAUAACUUGUUUGAUAAAGAGCGGUUUACUGAGCAAGGUGAUGCACUAACCUUUGAGUCUGAGAUCGAUAGAGUGUACUUGAACUCUAAAGACGUGGUUGCCGUCUUCGACCAUGCGAAAAAACGUACAUUCCUUAUCAAGAAAGAAGGUCUACCAGAUGUUGUGGUAUGGAAUCCAUGGGAGAAGAAAGCUAAAGCAUUGAUGGAUAUGGGAGAUGAAGAGUAUAAACAUAUGUUGUGUGUUGAUGGAGCAGCUAUUGAGAAACCAAUCACUUUGAAACCGGGUGAAGAAUGGACCGGGAAAUUAAAUCUCUCGCUUGUUCCUUCCAGCUAAUAAUCGAUUUUCUUUCCCUUGAGCUUCCUCAACUCUGAAUCCAUCUUGUACCGUCAUCAUUCAUGAUGGAACACGCCUCCAUACCAUUCGUGUUGGGAAGACUUUCGAUACAACUUUCCAUUGUAUCUUUUUUUUUUACAGAACUUCACACAACCUUUGUGCUCUUCUUUGGCUCUUCCAUUGUAUCUGAUCCGUAUCCCUGACACUUAAACCCUC